AUCUUACAUUGAAACAAUCAGAAACAGAAAAUCGAUCUAGCUAGUUGAAAAACUGUCGACACAUAAUUAUUACAAAGUAAAGAACGAAGUAAAAAAUGUCAAAAAUAAAUAAACUAACAAUGUACGUGUUCUAUGCAUUACUGGUUUUAAACAUCUACGUGGUUUUGUCUGUCAACUCAUUGCCUUUUCGCGACGAUGAAGAUACCGAUAACGAAAUCGAUGGCGACAUUAGCGAAUUAGAAAAUGAAUAUCAAACCAAUCAAGUUUAUGAUUAUAACAAAUUUAAAAACCAAGCAGACUUGAAAAUCAAAGCUAGAAAUCACUAUGCUCCUUUCAUUUUUCCUGGGCCUAAAGUUGGUCGUGAUGUUAAUUUUCACUCAGUUUUAUCUCCAUCCGACGAAUCAAGAAAAUCAUUCAAUAAUUACCAUGAAAACGGAUACCGACAUGAUAAACCUGCAUUUUUAUUUAAAGGAUAUAAACCUGGAGAUCAAACACAAAAGAAUUUGUAACUUCAUUUAGUUUUUCAAUUACCUUUAUGCUAUUUAUUUAAUGUAAUCAUGUGAUAUUUGUAUAAUUUUAAAUAUUUAUUAAGAUAAGAUUAGUUCUAACUACA